ACUGGCUGGUGCGCGACCUCCUUCAUAGUUUAAAAUUAUGUCACUUUCAAAAACUGUCCUCAUGUUAUGAAAUAUGAUCUAUCAGUCUUCAGUCUGCCUUCUGUCACGAAACUGUAAAUAAGCUUGUGUUUGUUUACCAAUAAUUAAAAUUAGUGCUUUUAUUACAUGUUUUCAUCAUUUCACGUCAAUAAUAACAGUCCACAACCCCGCUAGCUAUCAUUUUGGUCCAUUCUCGCCGUAGUUUUACCAUUCCGUCGAAAUUAAAUUUCAAUUUUUUAUUUUCACGUAAGUCAUUGUAGUUUCAUUGUCAUUUAUCUAGUUACAUUACUCUACAUUAUUUACGAUGGAAACACGUAGUAAGACGAGGGCAGACCCCGCGGCUACGGAAUCCGUCCGGGUGCAGCGCGAACGUCGUCAACGUUCACCGCGCAGCGCCCGGCCGGGUUUGGCUGCGACGGACGACGGUGCUUCGGCAUUGCCAAGCAGUUCAAGCAUACGAGGCGACGUGGCACAACCUAGCCACGACGCUGAACGCCUGGAUGCUCGAACUAGCUCGCAAAACGAAGGCGAUGUCAAAGCACGACCGUCUAAACCUGUUUCUAGUAUUCACAGUAAUACUGCGCGCACCGAGCGCACACAUUCUUCGCGUUCUGCGGCAACCGUCCGCGCACAGAAACUUGCUCUCGAAGCAGAAGCUAUGCGGCGUCAGGUGGAGCGUGAACGUGAGCUUGCGCGUCAACAAGCGGACCGCGAGCGGCAACAGGCGGAGCUCGAGUUCGAACUCGCGCGUCAGCAAGCCGUACUCGCACGGAAACAAGCCGAGGCAGAGGCACAGCGCGAGCGCGAGCUCGCAGGCCUCGAGUCCGAAGCGGAACAAAUGGAGCUGCAAGCAAGACUCGCCGCUCUGGAAGCUUCAGAUAAAGAACCUAGACCGCCUGAACGUCGCCGUCCGCGGACAAGCGUACCAGUCCGUCGCGUCCCUCAUGUGGACCUGCGGCUCGCCCGACGACGUCGUGCAGGCGCUCGAGCAGACUACAGUCAAGGCGCCAACGCCACCAGCGUACUCAAACGUACCACGAAAUAA